AUGGCAGUUGUUUCUUACUCAAGAUUUCUUGACAGUGCUAUUAUGGGAAUAUUCACGAUUUGUCUAUCGGGUCUAACUCUUUAUUUGUUUGGUGAGUUUUGGGGAUUGUGCCAAUCACCACCCCUUUCUAAAUGGAGUAUCGGGAAGGUCAUGUCAACAUUAUUUCCGUUUAAAAGAACUUUUGAUGUAAACCUUACACACAUCUUGCUUUUUUCAAUUAUUAUUUGUUUAUUAAGUUUAAGAAGUGAUGAAGGAGUAAGCGUUUCAAAAUGUGGGCAAAAACAAAAAAAAAGUGACUAG